AUGGCAAACUCCGUGCCUGCAAAAUCUCAGGCAGGACAGAUGGAAAGCGGUGGUUCCGAAAGUCCCAAGUCAUCUAAAUGGAUGGACAUCUAUAGCCAUGCAUGGUUCCAAGUGUUAUUGAUCAGUUUCAUCUGUUUUUGCUGCCCUGGUAUGUACAAUGCUCUCACCGGACUUGGAGGGUCUGGCCAGGUAGACGCAACCGUUGCUGCCAAUGCAAAUGUUGCACUGCUUUCUGCCACAGCAGCUACUGCCCUGUUCUUCGUUGGACCGAUAUUCUCGGUUGUUGGCCCACGAGCCUGCUGGCUAGUGGGUGGGUGGACAUAUGCCCUAUACAGUGCGAGCUUGUUGAACUUCAACAAUCAUAUAACUAAGAGCACACCAGUACGACACAACGGCGCAUUCGUGAUUGCUGCUGGAGGGAUUCUUGGUGUUGGUGCCUCGUUUCUAUGGGUUACCCAGGGCGCAAUAAUGACCACCUAUGUACCCGAGUCGCAAAAGGGACGAGCCAUCGCUGUCUUUUGGAUUAUUUUCAAUCUGGGCGGCAUGAUCGGUUCCCUGGCCAGCUUUGGGCUGAAUUUCAAUUCCAAAGAAGGCUCGGUGUCGAAUAGUACAUAUAUCGCAACUAUGGUGAUCAUGAUAUUCGGAUGGGUUAUUGGCGUCUUCAUCUGUCCCCCAUCGCGCAUCAAGUUGCUGCAACUACACGAGGCCGAGACCAGCGUCGUUCACCAAUCAAUUGGAAAAAGGCUAUAUACUAUCCUUCAAUCACUUCUACAGAUCCGGGUACUAUGCGUUCUUCCGCUCUUCUUCUGCGCAAACGUGUUCUACUCGUACCAGCAGAACAAUGUCAAUGGUACAACGUUCAACAUUCGCUCCCGAUCGCUUAACUCGGCUAUAUAUUGGAUGGCACAGAUGUUUGGUGGCCUAUUCAUGGGCUACCUUCUGGACUUUGCCUACUUCAAUCGUCGGCAACGUGCAUGGCUCGGCUGGGCUACACUUAUGGUGACGGGUAUGGUAAUCUGGGGCGGUGGACUUGCCUUCCAGCGCUGGGAGGAUGAGCGACUUGCAAACGGCAUGAAGCAGGACAUUGAUUACGCCCGUGACGCCAAGAUCGCUACUGGCCCUAUCUGGUUGUACUUCUUCUACGGAGCAUACGAUGCUUUAUGGCAGGGGUACUGCUACUGGUUGAUUGGCACUAUGUCGAACUCUGCGGCCGUGGCAGCUGUGUUGGUAGGUGCGUAUAAAACAUUCCAGGCUGCCGGAGGAGCAAUGGCUUGGAGAGUCAAUGCCCUUGGUGCGGCGCCGUUGACACAGUUUGCGAUGGAUUGGGGGCUUUGUAUCGGGGCAUUGGUGCUGGCUAUCCCUUCCGUUUGGAUGGUUACAUUGACCAGCGUUGAUGAGGAGGGUACAAUGGCUGAAGGGAAGAAGGUUGACGAAAGCGAUGAUAAGUAG